CCUGCGCGUGACGCAGCGGAGCUGGGAGGCAGGGGGCGUAGGGGCCGGGCUGUCCAGCGCUUUAUCUUUCUCUGCCGCCCGGCCGGCGACGUUGCGGGCCCUGGGCGCCAGAGAGCUUCCCGGAGCCGACCUUCCAGCUGUCUGCUCUGUGGUCGCUUCCGGGCUCUCCCUUUUGGCCGAAGCCCCCGCUGCUGGGUGCGGGCCUCACUCAGACAGAGUCUCGCUGAAGUGCAUUGGCACAAUCUUGGCUCACUGCAACCUCCGCCUCCUGGGUUCAAGAGAUUCUCAUGCCCAGCCUCCAAAGUAUCUGAGAUUACAGGUAACCGCUCCGGGAGAUUUCCUUCAUGUUCCUUGCCCUUGUCACCUGCACACUGAUGUAAGCCUGAGCUCUGUCUUCAACCCAGACUUGUAUAUUCAGCUGCCUGUUGGUUAUAAUCACUUGGCUGACCCACAGACAUAUCACAACAAUACAAUGGUGGGUGAAGAGAAGAUGUCUCUAAGAAACCGGCUGUCAAAGUCCAGGGAAAAUCCUGAGGAAGAUGAAGACCGGAGAAGCCCUGUAAAGGAAUCCCUAGAGACACCUAGUAAUGGUCGAAUUGACAUAAAACAGUUGAUAGCAAAGAAGAUACAGUUGACAGCAGAGGCAGAGGAAUUGAAGCCAUUUUUUAUGAAGGAAGUUGGAAGUCACUUUGAUGAUUUUGUGACCAAUCUCAUUGAAAAAUCAGCAUCAUUAGACAAUGGUGGGUGUGCUCUCACAACCUUUUCUGUUCUUGAAGGAGAGAAAACCAACCAUAGAGCAAAGGAUUUGAGAGCACCUCCAGAACAAGGAAAGAUUUUUAUUGCAAGGCGAUCUCUCUUAGAUGAGCUGCUUGAAGUGGACCACAUCCGAACAAUAUAUCAUAUGUUUAUUGCCCUCCUCAUUCUCUUUAUCCUCAGCACACUUGUAGUAGAUUACAUUGAUGAAGGAAGGCUGGUGCUUGAGUUCAGUCUCCUGUCUUAUGCUUUUGGCAAAUUUCCUACUGUUAUUUGGACCUGGUGGAUCAUGUUCCUGUCUACAUUUUCAGUUCCUUAUUUUCUGUUUCAAUGUUGGGCCACUGGCUACAGCAGGAGUUCUCAUCCACUGAUCCAUUCCCUCUUCCAUGGCUUUCUUUUCAUGGUCUUCCAGAUUGGAGUUCUAGGUUUUGGACCAACCUAUGUUGUCUUAGCAUAUACACUGCCACCAGCUUCCCGGUUCAUCGUUAUAUUCGAGCAGAUUCGUUUUAUAAUGAAGGCCCACUCCUUUGUCAGAGAGAACGUGCCUCGGGUACUAAACUCAGCUAAGGAGAAAUCCAGCAUUAUUCCAAUACCUACAGUCAACCAGUAUUUGUACUUCUUAUUUGCUCCUACCCUUAUCUACCGUGACAGCUAUCCCAGGACUCCCACUGUAAGAUGGGGUUAUGUCGCUAUGCAAUUUGCACAGGUCUUUGGUUGCUUUUUCUAUGUGUACUACAUCUUUGAAAGGCUUUGUGCCCCCUUGUUUCGGAAUAUCAAACAGGAGCCCUUCAGCGCUCGUGUUCUGGUCCUAUGUGUAUUUAACUCCAUCUUGCCAGGUGUGCUGAUUCUGUUCCUUACUUUUUUUGCCUUUUUGCACUGCUGGCUCAAUGCCUUUGCUGAGAUGCUACGCUUUGGUGACAGGAUGUUCUAUAAGGAUUGGUGGAACUCCACAUCAUACUCUAACUAUUACAGAACCUGGAAUGUGGUUGUCCAUGACUGGCUGUAUUACUAUGCUUACAAGGACUUUCUCUGGUUUUUCUCUAAGAGAUUCAAAUCUGCUGCCAUGUUAGCUGUUUUUGCGGUAUCUGCUGUAGUGCACGAAUAUGCCUUGGCUGUUUGCUUGAGCUUUUUCUAUCCCGUGCUCUUCGUGCUCUUCAUGUUCUUUGGAAUGGCUUUCAACUUCAUCGUCAAUGAUAGUCGGAAAAAGCCAAUUUGGAAUGUUCUGAUGUGGACUUCCCUUUUCUUGGGCAAUGGAGUCCUGCUCUGCUUUUAUUCUCAAGAGUGGUAUGCACGUCAGCACUGUCCUCUGAAAAAUCCCACAUUUUUGGAUUAUGUCCGGCCACGUUCCUGGACUUGUCGUUACGUGUUUUAGAAGCUUGGACUUUGUUUCCUCCUUGUCACUGAAGACUGGGUAUUCUCCCUGAUUUGGAGCCAGCUGUUUCCAGCUGUUACUGAAGUUAUCUGUGUUAUUUGGACCACUCCAGGCUUUACAGAUGACUCCCUCCAAUUCCUCGGUCACUUGAAGCAGAACUGUUGGAAGUUCACUGGAAUCUUGUACACUUAAGCAGAGCAGCUUUCUUGUGGGGGUGGGAGGGGGAGAGAAGGCAGACUAAUAGCCGAAGUACUGACAGAUUGUUGCUGGGUCAUAUCAGCUCUAUCCCUUGGUCAUUAUAUCUGUUUUGUUUCUUGACUCCAUCCAAUCAGAGACUAAACAUCAUCAUUUCUUGGCCACUGAAUUAGCCAAAAUACUUAUGAAGAAAUCACUUAAAUACCUCUGGCUGAGAAUUUUUUUCGUGCACACUGUUGGAAUGUAUGAUGAUUAAACAUGCAAUUGGGGAAGAAAAAAUAUAGAUUUUUGCUAUUUCUAGUAGAAAGAAAAUAUGUUUUCCAAAGAUAAUGUUAUACAUCCUAUUUUGUAAUUUUUUUGGAAAAAGUUUAGUUCUCCUCAGUUUUUACCUUGUUUUAUCUGUAGGUCAUGAUUUCUAUGAAGCAAAAAGAUGCCUUUUACCAUGAAUUACUGCGUUUACAUCAAUAAUACUGUAUAUUAAGGAGAUCAGAAGUAGGAAGGACAAAAGAAGUAGCAGAGGAAAAAGAAAAACAUUUCCUCUUAUUUAACUUCCAAAGUAAUUUGUAAAAAAGAUUUGUAGAGUCAAUCAUGUGUUUAAAUUAUUUUAUCACAGACUUACCAUGGAAGAUACUCCUUUUUAACUUUUUGGUAAUAACUUCUUUGAAGUUAUUUAGAAAUAUCCUUUGGAACAAUUAUUUUAUUGUCUAAUAAAUAUUGAUUUAUCUUGAAUUAUUUUGCAGACUAGUGAGUCUGUAACAUAAGUAUUAAUCACCUCCACCCCUAUUAAAGUGAUCAUUAAGGAUGCAGAAGCUGGCUUCUGCAUUUGGUCAAUUAUUAUACUUUUAACGGUAGUAUGUUGUUAGGUAGAAUAAAUUAAUAUAUGAUUGGUUUCAAGGAAAUGUACUCUAUUAUGUAAUACUUUGAUUUUAUAAGAUGCCCAUUUCUAAUACAAUGUGUGUAGGAAUUAUUUUUUUUGUAUGUAUGGGGUACGAUUGUAAAGACUGAGCAUUGGAAGGGGCAUUAGAGACCAUGUAGUUCAACCUUCCAUCCAAAGAAGUAAGAUUUAUGAAUAAUUUAAGUGAUUGUUGUUACUUGGGACAGCCACUUGAGAGCCUCUCUUGGUAUUGUUCAAAUUGUUUUCAUGUCAGUUUGAGUCUCCUAAGAAGGUAAGUAGAGUUAAUACUCCUAACUUAAUUUGAACCACAGGUAUCCAGCUUAAUCAUGUAUCUUCUUCAUGAUACCAUUGGCCCAGUUUAGGUAACCUUCAAAUAUUAAAUCCAACUUCAGUGGACACAAAUACACCUCAAAGGAGGUUAUUUUUAAAAAGUAUUCUGCAUGUUCCCAUAGUAGUGUUCUGCACCACAGUAUUGUAAUUGUAAUGGAACCAUAACCUCCUAACUCGUUGCUUUAAUAUGGCUUGUAAUUAUUGGCAUUUUUCUUAAAAUGAAUCAGUCUCUUGAAUUUAUAACUGCAUUUUAAAUAUAUUGAGAACAGAUUGGUCUAAGACUUGGUUAUGAGUAAGCCAAUCUUUUCUAGAGAAUGGAAGUUUUAGGUUUAUAUUUCUGUUAAAAAAUACUGUAGAUGUGACUCUUAUGAGAAGACUUUGUUGCUCUGGAGUGUUUCUGAAUAUUGUAUUUGCUGGAUUGAUCAAGGCUAUUUUUCAAAAAGUUCUCUGCUUCCUGUUUGUUUUUUUUUUUUUUAGAUGGAGUCUUGUUCUGUUGCCCAGGCUGGAGUGCAAUGGCACAAUCUCGGCUCACUGCAACCUCCACCUCCCAGGUUCAAGUGAUUCUCCUGCCUCAGCCUCCUGAGUAGCUGGGAUUACAGGCAGGCGCUGUCACUCCUUGCUAAAUUUUGUAUUUGCAAUUGAGAUGGGGUUUUACCAUGUUGGUCAGGCUGGUCUCAAACUCCUGACCUUGUGAUCUGCCUGCCUCGGCCUCCCAAAGUGCUGGGAUUACAGGCGUGAGCCACUGUGCCUGGCCUCUGCUUCCUCUUAUUAGUGAUUUUUCUGUCCAAGAUUGUGACAACAAAUGACAUGUAGAACUACAGACUGUUUAGAAUGUUAAGACUGUUCUAAGAAACUUUCAAAAACAGUAAACACUUUAAAGAAUGGUCACUUUCUGUGAAAGAAAUGGUUUGAUAGCCAUAAUCUUAUUGCUAGCUGCUUUUAGCAAAAGUCUUUUCUUGAAACCAUCACCUGUACUUUUUAAACCAAUAAAAACUAACAUCUCUUGCUAAUGUGUUCCAGGAAGAUCUAUUUUUUUCUAUUUUGCUCUUGUGCUGAAAAUUAUUUUCACUUAUACUUUUUUCCUUCUGAAAAGUAAUAAACUUUUUGUUUCUGUAAGAUGUAGUAAUGACAGUAACUGUUAUUUUGGGCAUCUUAACCAAAAGAACAACUAUGUAGUCUGUAUUUCACUUUCUCAUUAGAUCUCUAACUUGAGCUUCUAGUACCUUAUGUUAGACUCUUUCAUUGUCAAUCCUGGAUAAUGAUGCAAAAUGGAAUUUUGUUUUGUUUGUUAGUAGAUUCAUGUAACUACAACUGUCCGGGUAAAGUUGCUUGCCUCAUGUUAGAAUUUAAUUAGAAAACUGAGGUUGCUUUAUUAUUAUUAUUAUUAUUUUUACAGAGUCUUGGUGUGUUGCCCAGGCCAGUUUUUUUCUUGUACAGACGGGGUUUCAUCAUGUUGCCCACACUGGUCUCAAACUCCAGGACUCAAGGGAUCUAUUUGCCUCAGCCUUCCAAAGUGCUGGGAUUACAGGUGUGAGCCAUGGCUCCUGGCUCCAGAGUAAAUUUUUUAAUGGAAGAUAGCUCAUACUUUUUUUGUGUUUCUGUUUUUAAAGAGAUAGGGUCUUGCUCAGUUACCCAGGCUGGAGGGUAGUAGCAUGAUCAUAGCUCACUGCAAUCUCAAACUCCUGGACUCAAAAAGUGCUCUGGAAUACCUAGAACUAACUACAAGUGCCUGCCACCACACCCAGCUACUUUCUUUGUUUUUUGUAGAGAUCGAGUCUCACUAUAUUGCCCAGCUCAAACUCCUCCCCUCAAGCAAACCUCCCACUGCUGAAAGUGGGAUUGCAGGCAUGAGCCACCAUGCUAGGCCCAUCCUUUUGUUAAUAAAGUUUCAGUGACGUGCUUACUAAUCUUAUGCAAAAUUUCAUGUCAUUUAUGUAAUACCUAAUGCAAUGCUACUUAUGGUAUGUAUAUAUACACUGUAUACGCACAAAGAUCUGCUGUGGUCAUUGUAUGUAUCUUAUCUGUAGGCUUUAUGGCUUGGAAAUGGAGGGAACUGGAUAUAAAUGUUUUGAGGAAUAAAGUGACUGUUUUGAGUGAAGUUUAUAUAAGGAUUUGACUGGUUUUAAAAAUUAUUAUAGUUUCUAUCAGGUAAUACAGUGUUGGGACACUUUGUUGAAAUAAAAUGUUACAUAUAGCCAGUUGUGGUGGCUCAUGCCUGUAAUCCCAGUACUUUGGGAGGCCAAGGCAGAAUUGCUUAAGCUCAGAAGUUUGAGACCAGCCUGGGAAACAUGACAAAACCCUGUCACUACAAAAAAUACAAAAACUAGCCAGCAUGGUGGUACACGCUGUAUUCCCAGCUACUCAGUAGGCUGAGGUGGGAAGAUGGAUUCAAGCUGAGAGAUCGAGGCUCAGUGACCUGUGACCCAUGACCACACCACUUUAUUCCUCAAAACAUUUACAUCCCAGUUCCCUCCAUUUCAGAGCCAUGGCCAACAGAGCGGGACCCUGUUUCAGAAAACAAGUUACACAUAAGCCCAGUUUAAAGAGGGGAUAACAUGCAGCCUCCCUAGUUGAAACAGAACGUGUAUCCCUUGUUUCCCACCCUGAAUUUCAUGCCUAGUUUGAAAAUCACUAGACAGUAACAAUAAAGUUGAUAAGUUUUAGGUUGGUAUGAAAGUUAUGUAUACAGUCUACUAAAUCCUUGUAUGUUUUUGGUAAAAUAUAAAGAUUUAAUAGCUAAUUUGGACUUAAAUUGGGUUAAUUUCACGAGUGCCUAUCACUUUUAACUAAAUUAGUCAAGCAUAUUAUUAAAGUUUUAAAAAAUCUAAGACUUCUUCUGUUUUUUUUUUCCAGAGUACUCUCUUCCUUAUUUCUCCUACAUUCACAUUUCUGCUGUCAGUAAGCCCUAAUGGAGUCAUAAACUUUUUAAGCUAGUAGACACCGCACCAUGCUUUGUGGUGGCAUUUUAGGAAUGAAAUGGUAGUUGAACUUCCUGUUUGUUUUUAAAUACCUUUGAAACAGACAGUUCAUGCACCCCAUCGUUUAGAGAUGCAGUUUGAAUUUCCAUGGGAAAAUGUGCCAAUUUGGGGUUGGGAAAGGAGCUGAAGCCUGAAUCAAGACUCUGCCAUUUGGGGGUAGUGCGGCAGAUUCCUGCGUCUGUAUCUUUCCAGUUUGUGUGUUAAUCCACAGUGUUCCGAGCAGCAGAAGGGUCAUGUAAAUCUGAAGUUCUUAUUAAAGGUUCUAUAG